CACUGUGGCACCAUCACAGCCGACAACAACAACACCAACCGAGGCAAGAAGAAAACAGAUCUCAGUCUCUCACAGGAAACCAGCAGCCAAUCAGCGGGCUGGUUUCUCUUCAGCAUCUCGGAGCGACUGAACCGUCCGCAGACUUGAUCUCAGGCAGCUGAGGAGGAAAGACACUGAGAAGACUACGCAACGCGCAAUUAUGCUUUUGUGAAUUUGACAAGGGAGGUGGAGGAUUACAUCACCAGCACAAAGAGAAAACAAAAGCCAAACGCUAAUCCAAGCACUGCACAGAAGGAACCAAAUUCCUGCACAAGCAUGGCAGACCAGAAAGACAACAUAGACGACUUUAAAGUCCAGACAGCCAAGCAUCCUCCUAACAUGGGCUCAGUCCCUUUACGGACGCACAGUGAACAGUCUAAAGACCGGCUCUCCAAAAGGCUUUCAACUGAGUCCAAUGGGACCAGUGACGGAGGCGCGGGCUCGUCCACACCAGUCGAGGUGACCGCUUUGGAAGAGGCGUUUCGCCGCUUCGCCAUCCACGGUGACACUCGCGCUACGGGCAAGGACAUGCACGGCAAGAACUGGUCCAAGCUCUGCAAGGACUGUGGCGUGAUUGACGGCAAGAACAUCACCCUCACUGACGUGGACAUCGUCUUCAGCAAAGUCAAGAAGAAAUCCGUUCGCACCAUCACAUACGACGAGUUCAAGGUUGCACUCGGAGAGCUGUCCAGGAAGAAAUAUAAAGAAAAGACGGGAGAGGAGGCCGAGGCUGAGGUCUUCCAGCUGAUAGAGGGGAAGACACCUGUCAUCGCAGGAGUCACGAGAGCCGUGGCAUCCCCGACAGUGAGCCGUCUCACAGACCCCACCAAGUUUACUGGGUCACACAAGGAGCGUUUUGACAACAGCGGCCGCGGGAAGGGUAAGGCGGGACGAGUGGACAUGGUUGACACUUCCGGAUACGUCUCGGGGUACAAACAUCGAGGGUCAUACGAAAAGAAAGUGAAUAAACCCACCGAGGGCAAACCCAUGUGAGGGGCGAGGAAAUAAACAUUUGAUCAACUACCAGGAUAAUUUUCUAUUAAAAGAAUACUCAAAGAAAGCACAAUAGAAUAGGAUUUCAUAUAUUUUCCCACCCAUCUAUGUUGUGUCUGUGUGUGUGUGAGAGAGAAAUGUUUUUGAGUUCCUCUCUGUGAGAAGUGUGAGAACUGGAAAACUGUUUACAUCUAUUUUUACUAAGUCAUCACCAGCUGGUACAUUCCUGUCUGAUUGCAAGUUACUGCCAAACACUGAAGAGAACAAAUGAGAGAAAACUGCUAUGCUAUGAAUAUUGAAGCUUUGUUGUUAUGAUAGGGCCUUAUAAUAUUUAUUGAGCACAAUGAACAACAUGCCAAGAAAAACAAAAGUGGGACACACUUUGAUGAUUUUAACAACAUUGCACUUUUUAAUGGAAAUUUUUCUAAUCCCAUAUUUAGCCGAAGAAAUGCAUUUUUAAUUUGUUUUUGCAGAGUUUCGGUGACAAUUGGCACAUUUCUGACAGAGGUAUUAUCAAUGUUUAUUUCUUUUGAAAUCGUUAUUUCCAUCUUCAGUGUUAAUUGUCUGUUUGCCAUCCCCACUUGUCAACUGUUAUUAAGUCUUUAUGAAAUCUGCUGUUCAUUUUUUAUUAUUAUUUCAUAAGCUCACACUGUCAUUUGAAUAAUUUGCCUUCAGCUCAAACCAAGAAAAUAUAUUAAGGGUUUUUGUCAACUUGUUUUAAAAUGUAUACGAUUAACUGAACAUUUUUGCCAUAUCUUCUUACUUUUGUGAAACCUAAAAGCUCCUACCAUGCAAACCUUUUAAAUAUGCCUGCUUAUAACAUUUCAACAAAAAAAUAAUACAACGGGAGAAUCUAUUUUCUCCCACACUGUCGUUAUUCAGACCACAAACCAUUUUACCAACAUGCAUUUUGAAUUUUAAAAUUGGUGAAUUCAGCUGAAGAAGGAAGCUCGAACCACCAUAUAUGAGCUCAGUUGUACAAGAUUGUAUUUUUAACAUUUUACUUAUAUUUCCUCGUCAGAUUUCUAUACAGUAGUUCUAAUAUAUUUGUGGUAAGAUUGUGUAUAUUCUAAAACGUUAUAGCCACAUGGCUUAAUUUAUGACACUGGCUUCAUAUGUUGUUGUUUUUUCUGUAUUGCUGUACUUUGUGCAUGUUUAUGUAUAUUGCAUUUGAUUCAGAAGCAUUUAGAUGACAGUAGGAGGUUGUCAUAUCUUAUCUGAACUGCUGUGAGGACACACUACUGGACAGACUUAAAUAUUUUCUUGCUAAAAAAAUAGUAAGUGAUGAAAUUGUGGGAUCGUGAUAAAAUCUUGUAUUGCUUGAAAUCAAUAUGUAUCAACUUGUACAUACAAAGUCAGCUACUCUCUGAUGCUAUUCUAUUUGACUGUUGAUAAAGAUUUAGAGUACCUUUUAUGUGUGGUACUGUCAUCCAAAGCACAAAUUCAACUGAAAACAAAAGCAGGGUUGUAUCCUUACAUACUGUAUGAGAUAAAAAGGGAAAAUUGCAAACAAGUAAUAUACUUUUGUAGAAUAUUUUUCCAACAUAGUGACAGUGUUUUGUGUCACACACUAUCUGUAGCCUCAGCUGAUGAAGAAUCAUGCGUCAAGUGCAAAAACUAGCAGCUAUCGGUGUGUUAGUUUUCGUCUGCUGCAGUAGCUCGAUCUGUUUUCUGUGCUUAAUGCCAAAUAUUGUGCACCUUUAAUGUGCAGGAACAAUAUUGUCUUAUUUUUCUUUUUCUUCGAAUAACUCUUAAUGUACUAUUGUGCCCCAGUGCAUGCAGUGUGUUUUUGUUCUUGUUCUUGUUCUUUAGACCUCUUAAUGUGUGUUCAUGAUUUGUAGUGCAUUACUGAAAAUAAAAAACACACCCCAGAACCUCUGCUGAGUAGGUUACAGGGUGUCAGUCAAAACACAA